AUGGGUUUCCUCGAUGACGCGCGAAGUGUAGCCGAGAAGUUCAGGCGAGAAGCGACAGAACAUGUUGGGUUCGCUGCGGGCGAGACAUGGAAGUACGGUAGUGUUCUAGGUCAAGAGGUAGUAGAGCGAGCGGCUCCAGUCGCCGCAGACGCCAGGAAGACUUUGGAAACUCUCAGCAAAGAAGUGAGCAAGCACGCUGCUCCCAUUGCCAACAGUGCCUCGAAGCAUGCGACUUCAUUCGUCCAAUCUACCUUCAACAACGCCAAUCAACGUCUAUCUCAACUCAUUGAUGAGAAGCCGCACAGAGACUUCGACUGGAAGUUCCUCGAGGAUUUUGGAGAAGACAUGGCAAAGCGAUUAGGCAGCACAGCAGAUGAUUUCUGGCAGAAGAUGACCAGUGGUGAUCUUCUCAAAGAUAUUGGCCAGAUCACUUUACCCGAGAUUGAGUUCACCCAGGAAGACCUCUCAGGGUUCAGCGAGAGGCUCAAGGAAUGGAUACUCUCAAACCCCAAGCAGUUCACCACCUUGAUGGCUUGUAUCGCUUCGGGUCCGAUCAUCGCCGUCGUCACACCUGCAAUGCUCGGGCUUGUGGGCUUUACACCUCUUGGUAUUGCUGGUGGCUCUUUCGCCGCUGGAUUCCAGGCUAGCGUUGGACCUAUCGCUGCAGGUAGCGCUUUCGCUAUCCUUACUAGUGCCGGAAUGGGUGGGUAUGGGCUUGUGGUUGUCCAGACAAUCGCCAUAAGCUCAACCGUGACUGGAAUGUGUGGUACUGCAGCCGUAGCAUUCUUGAAGGCUGUGAAGGAAGACGAGCAGUGUGAGAAAGAGAAGACGGAGUAA